AUGAUUACAUCUCAAUAAGAAUAAGAAUAUGUCUCUCCAUUUGAGGACUCCUUCAACAAUCUCUUCCAAAAGUUAUAAGAAACCUCUACCUUGACCUAGUGUGACUACAAUUUAUUCGGUAAACAAUGUGCUUAUACCGCCACUGAGCUUGCUAACAUGAUAUACGACGAAUUUUCCUAAGAACUUCCCUAUGAACACACUUUCUCUUCAAUUAAACUAAAUAAGUACUUUGAAGAUUCAAUAGAUAAACUUAAACUACAGUAAACUGCCACUGCUCCCAAUAGUGCACCUAUUUCACCAUCAACUUGCUGCUCGGAUCUCGUUCCACAAUCAAUUGAAGCCGGAGAUAAUUAAGAAUAUACUCAAGAUUUCUCUGAUAUUGAGGAUAAUGAUAUUACCUCAGAGGUUUUUAAUGGUAUUUUUGACAUUAAAAAAUCCGCAUUACAAUAGAUUCCAAAGUUUAAUAGUUUAAAUGACUAGGUUAACUAUAUAGUAUCUCUUUGUACCCCAGAAAGUGAUCACACCGAUUCAGAUCACAGACCUGAGAGGAUAAUCAAGUUAUCAAAGCGUAACAUCUCUGAAGAAAAUCUCCGCAAGAAGAAAAACACUAAGUCCCGCGAGUAAAAGGCUUAACUUGAAGCUAUAUUCAAGAAGCAGCCAACUCUAUGGGAAAAAACCCUGGUUCGUGAACUCUCAAGCCGGUUAGAUCUAGGUGAAACCCAGGUUUACAAGUGGAAUUACGAUUAAUUUAAGAGAUUCCAAAAGAAUCACACUGCUCCAUUACAGUGA